GUCGAAGUCGAGAUUUAAUUGGAGUACUCCAAUACUUCGCGUCCUUGCUUGACGCAGAACCUGUUCAGUAGCGUCCGCUGGCAUCUUGCUGUAGAAUCCGCGCUUCAUCCUCAGUCAUUGAUUAUAUAUAGAAAAACACUUCUCAAGGAUGUCUGAAAACCCUAGGAUAGCCCCCCUCGUGGCGUCAAUUAUCUUGCCCUUCGACAAGCUCAUUGCCAAGUUGAACGCCGGCGAUGGGCCACACGUAUCCGCGGUCAGUUCAUUGUUGGGAAGGUUCAAACUGUGGUCAGCCAGCUCAGGAGCACACCGACCUCGAGGAACCCGGUCCCUCGAAUUCAAACUUCGAGAUGCAUCUGCUUUGCAGCGGCACGUCAUUUCCCUUCUUGAAGAACUGCAUGGCGUUGUUAUCAAGAUUACUGAAGCCUUGGACUUAUCGACUGACCGCUCAACAGCUGAGGUUUUGAGGAUUCAUAAGUGCAAUGAAGCAUUUGAUGACGAGCUUACUGAGUACUUUUCCCGGAACGAUCGUCAAGAUGGAUUCGUUUUCGAUGAGCUCUUAGAUGACAGCAAACACAUCAUUGAUCGGCUACUUCGGCUUUCUCUUAUAAUCCGGAAUCCUACACCCCACAACCAUUUCUUGUCAAGACAAGCGGCGGAGGUCAUUCAAUAUUCCGAGCCUUUUGAUAUCCAUCAUGUACACGAAAAGUUCCCCAAGCUCGCACGAGAAGUAGCGGAGCGACUAGGGAAGUCUUUGUCGGUUCGACGCCAGUACUUUCGGUAUCGAGAGGAGCAUUUCCACAGGCUUGCAGAUGGCCUACCUGGUUCCGAGACCGAGCUAUUGGACCCUCAUGAGCAAGCCACAACCAUUGCAUCCCCAAUACCGAACCAUCUGGAAACAGUCAAAACAUGCGAUAUAUCUUUUGACGACAUUGACGGUAGAUCCGAACUGUCGGCAACCUCGUAUGCGGCGUCGGAAGUCAACUCAGAUCAGCUACGAGUACCGCCAAUGCCCAGCGGAUACGCCAAUGGACCCAUCAAGUGCCCGUUCUGCCACUCAAUAAUCCAGAUAGGUAGUCGACGCGACUGGAAAAAGCAUAUCUUCAGGGACCUUCAACCUUAUGCCUGCUUAGCUCAUACAUGCUCUGCAGCAAGCAAACUGUAUGGGCGUCGCAAGGAUUGGUCAAAACACAUGUACCUUGAGCAUUGGACGCUUUGGAAAUGUCCAUCCGGCUGCCACAAGUACAUGCAUUCAGCUGAGAAAUUCCAGCAGCAUAUCUCGUCCGCUCACAAGGAUGAGUUAUCCGAACACCAUACCGGAAGCCUUGCCCGUCUUUGCAGCGUGUCUGAUCCUGCUCAAGCCCGUGGGCCAUGCAUUUUCUGCGACCAUCAUCUGGCGUCGGACAAGCUGUACAUCUCACACGUGGCAUUGCACCUCGAGCAGCUUGCUCUGUUUGCUCUUCCCUCGGUUGACUAUGAUCAAGAUGAAGAUGACGAUGGGUUUGAGGAAGGUGACAAACAGGUUGACGAUGACAAGACCGAUGACACCAACUGCGAACCUGAGCAAGAAGUAAGCGAAGAUAAUAAUAGCGACUCUGGCGACUCUAGUGUGCACGACCACGUCAAUGAUGAUCAUAUUGACCAUGGUGUGCAUAAACUCUAUGAGGGAAGGCACGUCAAAUGGUACUGCUGUUAUUGCAGAUACGGCCCUUUACCUUGUCAUUUGGACGAAUUUUGUCCAGAUUGUCGGCACCAGAGAUGUUCUAAGUGUACAGUUACUACCAUCGACUACAGUAGAGCCCAUAGUUUUAGAUAGAUGACCUUCGCAUUGCCUUACAAGGCCCUGCUAGCCUACAUAAAGACCACCUUAUAUUCCCGA